AUGGAAAUGGAAGAUAUUGAAAAGUGUGAUGAACCGCCAAACAAUACAAAAACUGUGUGUAUGGAGAAGCCUGACUCGACUAAAUAUCAAUAUUCUAGGGACACUUUAUGUGAUCUUUCUAAUUCUGCUGCUGCUAAAGUAAGGCCAGAAUGUCUGUCAUCAGAUUUCAAUGGUCUUGAUGGUAUUUGGGAUCCAGAAAGAUGGCAUAUGUAUCUGUCUGGCAAGAGAUCAAGGGGACCAUCACCAAAUCAAUUAAUAGAGAAUGGUAAACGUCCUAUUGAUUCUGACAGAGAAUUUUAUCGUAGCAGAAGACCUUCAGACGCGAAAGAGAGAAUUAAAGAAGAAAGGGAUGGGAUCAUACUCAGCCCACAAAGACGUAGUUUCGGCCAUGGUUGCCAAGUUUCUGCGCAGAUAUUUCAGCGAAGAGGCUCUGGAAGUCCUCUAGAAAAUAAAGACAGCGGAGACGGCCAUGGAAGCAGCAACCUUGGCUCACAGAGGCGUAUAGGAAGCGGAAGGCUAGCGAGCCGUACAAGAUCUGUGGAGUAUGAGAACAAAGACAGGCAAGGUCGAGAUUAUGAGCAUGAGAAGGAAACAAGAUUUGAAAGAUAUAGUUCUAAUAGACGAAUAACCCGAAGUGAAGGACGUCGAAUGAGACAAGAAGAGGAGCCAGAAUGGUAUUCAGCUGGACCUUCUAGCCAAUCAGAAACCAUUGAAUUGCGUGGUUUUCAUAAAGAAGACCUGAAGGAUGUACGAGACUCUUCAUAUAAACAAAACAGAGUCAAGAGUCAUGAUGGCAGCUUUGAAACGCAUACUUCAAGUUCUCCAGAAACAUCUCAGGAGCAUGAUACAAGUGGACCAGUGCCUGAAGAGAAGACAUUUGAUAUCAAUCAAUUUUUCAGUUUGACUGACACUUUUCCAGGGCUGAAUGAUGCUGUUACUCCAGAUAUUGCAGAUAUAUCACAAACAAGCCGCUUCAGUCAGUGGUUUUCAACUAGUGGUGUGAGAAGUCACAACAGUAGCUGCAGCGGAAGUCGAAGGUCAACACCCAAUGAAGAACUGGUAUUUUUACAUGAAUUGAGUGGUAGACGCAGUCCUCUCAUUCCAUCUCCUACGCCGGAAGGUUCUCUUUUCUUACCUAUCACUCCACCCAAUGAUAAAGUGAAGCAACAGGCCUUUCUGGAGAUGUUGCAGAGAGCCAACAUCAACAUACCUAAAACGACUGUGCAAUUAAAUGAGCAAAAUUUAUCUGGUAAGGUGAAGAGUGUGGCUGAAUUAGAGGCUGAAUUGAAUGGCAUGGUAAUUGGAAAUAAUAAUAGGAAUAAGAGACCUGACCAUCAUGCUCAUCAUUGCCACCAUCACAACACUGUUAUGAAUACGGACAUACAGCAGCCACAGACUUUUACAGACAAGCCCCAAACAGUAAAUCUUGGUGGUGAUAUGUCUGCUUUUGAUAAACUUGUUUUCAAUAUGAAAGUCUCUGGGAGUUUACCAGAAGCAGCAAAACCUGUGAAAGCCUACUACAAUAUGUUAAGUUCAUGGCACUAUGCUAUAGGUUUAUUUACUCCACACCUGGGCAAGGUAUUCAAAGCUGCUCGAUUUGCCAAAUACACCCCCUUCGGUAAAUACUGGUCUAUUUUCACAGUCGGUGAAUGCACCAAUCAUGAGUCAAAGAUCCCAGUCGCCUGUCAACUUGACAAAAUGGUUCGGAACCGAUGUACUGCGCCAACCACUGCCACAAAUGCCUCCAAUGAUACACCAUGGUAA